CCCGCCGCCCACCAUGCCAGCGAGGACGACGACGCGCGCGACGCGCACAGCACGUACAGGCGCCGGCACGCGGACAGCGCGGGCAGCGGCGGUCGAGAUUCCUGACGAGGGCCCCGUCACCUCCCUGCGCAUCCGUAUUGCGCAGGUGUUCAGCGACGCCCAGAAGACUACAGCAACACAGCGCAAGCUCGCCGUCACCCUCCGCAAGAUACAGGAAAAAUGUGUCGACGAACCGGCGACUGCCAAGAAAGGCAGGAAGGCCCAGGAAGAAGAGAGCGAGCACUUUGACGCAGACGAUUUCAAUGAGGAACUGCUGCGCGUCAUCUUGCGUGUCAUGAAUGUCAAGAGGAGCGAAUCUGCAGGCGACCGCGUCAUCCGAUUUCUCACAAUGUUCCUCAAACAUGCGACAGAGAAGGACCACAAGCUCUCCGCUGCGUUGGAAGAACAGGGGGAGCCAGUGCCGGAGACGCUCAGCGAACGGCUUAUCCCGCGGAUUUUCAAGCUCCUCCUUCCCCUAAUCUAUUCGAAAGACAAAACAGUCCGAUUACGCGCCACCCAGACAAUCGCACAGAUCACCAACACUCUCGAACACCUUGACCCCGACCUCUUCGCCCUUAUCAAAGUGCAUCUCUCAAAGCGCUUGCGGGACAAAGAGGCUUCUGUGCGCGUGCAGGCGAUAUUGGGCCUGGGUCGCCUUAUCGAUGACGACGACGAUGAGGAAGAAGAAGACAGUGACGACGAGGCCGGCUCAAUCCGCGACAAGCUUGCAGACAUCAUGGCCAAUGACCCUGAUCCCCAAGUACGACGCGUCAUCCUGAGAAAUCUACCUUAUCACAAGUCGACGUUGCGUUCUCAGCUUGAACGCGCUCGAGACUUGGACCCUGCAUCACGAAGGAUCGUCUACACGCAUAUCCUGCCUAACAUUGGAGACUUCCGUCACCUCUCGCUCAUCGAGCGCGAGAAGUUGAUACGCUGGGGUCUGAGAGAUCGAGACGACUCGGUACGGAAAGCUGCCGCACAGCUGUUUUGUGAAAACUGGAUCGAGUACAGUGCUUCCUCAUACGACACGCGGCCAGAGGAGGAGAAAGUGGAGGGUGCCAACAUCCCGCCAAGCCGUGCAGGUCUGUGCGAGCUGAUAGAGCGCAUUGAUCUUCCCCGCUCAGGCAGGGAAGGCGGAAUGGCUCAUGAAGCAAUGAAGGAGUUCUGGAAAGGAAGACCCGACUAUCUCGAAGCCAUGGAAUUCGAUGCUGAGUUUUGGCUAAAACUGGAUCCUCCAGGUGCGUUCCUGGUACGAACUUUGAACGACUAUGGCCAGGCUACGGACGACGAUCGCGUGCGGGAACUCAUCGAAGACAAACUGCCCACUGUGUCAGGAUUCGCCGUCAGUCUUCAGAAACAUCUCAAUCUUCUGGCCGAAGAUAUUGAACGUUUCUCGGCACUGGACGAGGACGACCCGACGCUGGACAACGUAGACGAAGAUGUGAACGAUCGCACUUUCGUUGUCAACCAGCUUUUACAAAUAUCUCUCACCCUCGAUUUCUCAGAUGAACUUGGCAGAAGACAGAUGUACAACCUUACACGAGAUGCGGUAGGCCGAGCUUCUCUCCCAGACGAAAGCACAAGGGUAGCUAUUGAAGUGCUCCGUAUAGUAUGCGGCAAGAGCGGCGAAGCGGACUUCUGCGCUCUUAUUUCUGAAGCUAUUGCAGAAGUACGUGACACACUGGCAGACGAGGACGACGACACAACCGAGGUUGGAGACGGCGCGGAAAGUUUCCAUUCUGCUCAAUCUGAGCGCAGCAGCCCUGCUCCAGCAGCCACUAAAGCGCCAAAGUCGUCAAAGAAUACUACCCCUGAAGAGAGAGCGAUGAGGGAACUUCAAGAGACUGCCGUGUACAGGAAGUGCCUGUGUAUCGUGCAUUACACGCUUCAGAACGUGACCUGCGACAUAGAGACCAACACCAACUUGAGAAGCAUGUUGAACACGCUUAUCAUCCCUGCUGUGCAGGACCAAGGCAACCCGGUCAUUCGUGAGCUUGGUGUCCUCUGCCUUGGAAGCGCAGCUCUCCUUAAUAAGGAUCUCGCGGUCACGAACCUUCCGCUCUUCUUCUACUGCUAUAACAAGGGACAUGAGGAUCUGAAGGUGAUCGUGCUCCAAGCUCUCUGUGAUAUGGUCAUGAUACAUCCUCAAAUCCUAGCUCCACCCGAACCCGACCCCGACACGACAGAGCAGUCCGAGGUGCCCGAGCAAAGCCCAGCAAUGAGACCACUGAUCAAAGCUCUGCUUAGGGGCCUUGAUUCAGAUGAUGCACAGGUCGGACAAACUGCAUGUGAUGCGGCGCAAAAGCUAGUUUUCUUUGACCUCCUACCUCCGGACGCAACCGAAGACAUUGUCAGAGCAUUUACGAUGAAGUACUUUGAUCCCGACGGGAUUCAGAGUCCCGCGAUGAAACAGGGGGUGACCUACUUCAUCCCUGCCUUCUGUCAUUCCAAGAUCAAGAACGCCACUCUCAUGGCUGGCAUCACUGUUUCGAUUGUCUCCAGACUCCUAGUCAACCGAGAUGAGCUUGUAGAGGAAGAAGAAGGUGAAAUGGUCGGCUGGCCUAUCAUCACCGCGCAAUUGGCAGACUGGACAGAUGGUCGCAAGGUCGUCGGUCAGUCAGAACUUGGCCUUGAUGGAAAGACGAACUGGAGCGUAGAAUCUGAGCUUCCUCACCUAACCCUUGCUGUGGAUAUCCUCGAGCGAGCUCUGACCAACACGUGCUCGAAGGAGGAGCGCAAGCCUCUUCUCUCAUUGCUUACAAAGCUACAUAUAUCUGCGACAGCGCCAAAGACGAAAGAUGGCGAGACCGCAGAUACCGAAUAUCUCGAGGCCGUCCAGGAACUCGUUGCCGAGGCAGUGGAAAACAGCAUCGGUGUAGACGCAACACAGCGCAACGCCCUCAUCAAGCUCGACGCAACGCUCACCAAGCGCCUCGGCGACGCCGCAGUCGUCCAGGAAGAACGUGAAGACACAGUAACCCCCGAGACCGCAAAGCCCAGCGAAACCCCCGCAGCGGAGCUGCGAGCAAGCGUCGCUCGUUCCAGCGUCGCCCCAUCCGCAGACGCCAGCGACAUGGAAGUCGAUGACGACGACACAAUGCUGGCAGGCAUGCAAGGCGAGAGCACACGCGUGCCCCUGAACCCCGAUGAUAGCGAAAGCGACGAUGCAGAGAGCACGCCGCGCCCUACGAGGAAGGCAGCGGAGAAGACGGAGGCGGACAUUAUGGAUGAACUGCUUGCGAGUGACGAUGAUGUGGAGAUGACUAUGUAAAUGGCGUGUUGUUAUGUUGGCAUGUAAUUAUGUACUGAUGACGGCGAUGGCUCGGCGUUUGGCUUUGGCUUAGGCCUUGGGCGGUAGCUCUUCUUGAUACCCGUCGAUAUUUAGGGUGGGUCGCAAUGCAUGAUAUGUUAUUCCAC